GGUCGGGCUAUUCGGGCCGUCCCCGCCCCGCCACCGGUGCCGCGCUGGAAUCCCCGCUUUCCCGGAAGUGGCCGGGGUCUCCCGGUUGGGGUCCGUUACACGACGCCGCCGCUGCGGGCCGCGGGGGCCGUGACGAUGGCCGAGGCGGCGGAGCGGGACGCCCGGGAGAAGCUGGCCUUGUGGGACACGACGGCUCCUCUGACCGACCGGCAGAUGGACUCGGUGCUGGAGCUGAAGGCGGCGGCGGAGAAUCUGCCCUUGCCGACCGAGCUCCUAGUGGAAGACUUGUGCAGUUUAACAUCCCAGUCCCUGCCUGUUCCACUGACAUCAAUAGUGCCUGAAUCUACAGAAGACAUUCUUUUGAAGGGUUUUGCUUCCUUAGAGAUGGAAGAAGACAGGAUCGAAACUGCACAACAGUUUUUCUCAUGGUUUGCAAAGCUCCAAACUCAGAUGGAUCAGGAUGAAGGCACUAAAUAUAGACAGCUGAGGGAUUACUUGUCUGGGUUUCAGGAGCAGUGUGAUGCUAUAUUGAAUGAUGUGAACAGUGCUCUUCAGCAUCUGGAGUCGUUGCAGAAGCAGUAUCUUUUUGUGUCCAAUAAGACAGGAACCUUACAUGAAGCCUGUGAGCAGCUCCUGAAAGAACAGUCGGAACUUGUUGAUCUGGCUGAAAACAUUCAACAAAAGCUUUCCUAUUUUAAUGAAUUGGAAACUAUUAACACAAAAUUGAAUUCCCCUACGUUGUCUGUGAACAGUGAAGGAUUUAUACCAAUGCUGGCCAAGCUAGAUGAUUGUAUAGCAUAUAUCUCAGCUCAUCCUAAUUUUAAAGAUUAUCCUGUGUAUUUACUGAAGUUUAAGCAAUGUCUCUCUAAAGCAUUGCACCUUAUGAAGACAUACACUGUGAACACACUACAGAACCUCACAAAUCAGUUACUAAAAAGGGAUCCUUCAUCGGUAGCUAAUGCAGACAAUGCCUUUACACUAUUUUACGUGAAGUUUCGAGCUGCUGCCCCCAAAAUCAGAACUAUUAUUGAACAAAUAGAACAACGAUCUGAAAAAAUCCCUGAAUACCAACAACUCCUAAAUGAUAUCCACCAGUGUUACUUGGAUCAGCGGGAGCUCCUUUUGGGCCCGAGUAUUACUUGUACUGUAACAGAGUUAACCAGCCAGAAUAACAGAGAUCAUUGUGCCUUGGUUCGCAGUGGCUGUGCCUUUAUGGUCCAUGUCUGCCAGGAUGAACAUCAACUCUACAAUGAAUUUUUUGCAAAACCAACGUCAAAAUUAGAUGUACUUUUGGAGAAACUGUGUGUGUCAUUGUAUGAUGUCUUCAGGCCAUUGAUCAUUCAUGUUAUUCACUUAGAGACUCUAUCAGAACUUUGUGGGAUUCUUAAAAAUGAGGUGCUUGAAGAUCAUGUGCAGAACAAUGCUGAACAACUGGGAGCAUUUGCAGCUGGAGUAAAGCAGAUGCUGGAAGAUGUACAAGAGCGGCUUGUUUACCGAACCCACAUCUACAUCCAGACUGACAUCACUGGCUACAAACCUGCUCCUGGAGAUCUGGCAUAUCCUGAUAAGUUAGUGAUGAUGGAGCAAAUUGCACAAAGUUUAAAAGAUGAACAGAAGAAGGUACCUUCAGAAGCCUCGUUUUCAGAUAUUCAAUUAGAAGAAACAGAGUCUAACAGUCUAAAAAAAUCUGGUUCAACAGAAUCCCUCAAUCCUAGGCCCCAGACCACAAUUUCUCCAGCAGAUCUUCAUGGAAUGUGGUAUCCUACAGUUCGGAGGACUCUUGUCUGCCUCUCCAAAUUAUACAGAUGCAUAGAUAGGGCAGUGUUCCAAGGACUGUCCCAGGAAGCCUUGUCCGCCUGCAUUCAGUCAUUACUGGGAGCAUCGGAGUCCAUCAGCAAAAACAAGACUCAGAUUGACGGACAGCUUUUCUUAAUUAAGCACCUUUUGAUUCUUCGUGAACAAAUUGCUCCAUUUCACACUGAAUUCACCAUUAAGGAAAUUUCCCUGGACCUCAAGAAAACUAGAGAUGCUGCAUUUAAAAUCCUGAACCCUAUGACUGUUCCGAGGUUUUUUAGGCUGAAUAGCAACAAUGCCUUGAUAGAGUUCUUGUUGGAGGGCACGCCUGAGAUAAGAGAACAUUAUCUUGACUCUAAAAAAGAUGUAGACCGUCAUCUGAAAUCGGCCUGUGAGCAGUUUAUCCAGCAGCAGACCAAGCUGUUUGGAGAGCAGCUGGAGGAGUUCCUGACAAAGGUUUCAGCAUUAAAAACAAUGGCCAGUCAGGGAGGUCCCAAGUAUACUCUCUCACAGCAGCCUUGGGCACAACCAGCAAAGGUCAGUGACCUUGUGUCAGGUGCCUAUAAGACAAUAAAAACAAAUCUGCCUCUGACAUUGAGAAGUAUGUCAUUGUACCUAUCCAAUAAAGAUACUGAAUUCAUCUUGUUUAAACCUGUUAGGAAUAAUAUUCAACAAGUGUUCCAGAAGUUCCAUGCUUUGUUAAAGGAAGAGUUCAGCCCUGAAGAUGUCCGGAUCAUAGCUUGUCCUUCUAUGGAUCAGGUGAACCUCCUACUAUCAGUUUCUAAGUAGCCAGCCCCGUUGGCGGUCCACGUACAUAGCGUGUCCUGCAGGGGGUGCCGGGGAAGCUUUGCACCUGCAAAUCGUUUGUAGUAAUGUCCCUGAGAACUACACCAGCCUGUGCUGCUCAGAGCUGACUACAGAUUGAAGUGUAAGCAGUGAUUGGAAGAUUGGUGUUUCUCUUUUACAAACAUCAAAAUGCCAAAGAUUAAUCUGUGAGCAGUGAUAACUGCCUCAUUUUAAAUGAUCCCAAGAAAUGUAAGCUUUUAAGAGGUAACUGGUGGGCAUGCGGCAAAAUGGUUCUUGGAAAAGAUGUGCAAUGAAAAUAGGUUACAAUGAGUCAUGCGAAGAAGAACCCUCCAGAAAUACAGCUAGUUAGAAAGCUUCUAAGAGUAGGAUUUGCUGAAGCGUGAAACUGCAUCACUUUUAAUCACUGAGCAUUCCACAGUGACUGUAUUUUUUUUACUUUCAGAAAUGUAUUCUACACUAUAUUUAAUGUUUCUCCUAUCAUUUUGAAGUUUAGUUUGGAGUAGAUUUGGAUGCUUCUGAGAACACAUUCUUCUUUCCUGGGAAUUCAGAGUGCUGUUUUUCUCUGUGUUUGAUGUGGAGGUAGUGUAAAUUCGCAAGGACCUUGAAUAAGGUCCAGAAGCCACUCCUUGGACAGCCAGAGAUCUGCAGCCGCCUCCUUAUAGACAUGGGCAGUGUCUUUAAUGAGACAAUUCACAGCACAGUAGUUGGUGUCUGUGAGGUGUCUUAAACUUGCCACAGACAAGAGAGCAGGAAACCUGAUGAGUAGCAUGACUCACGAAUGAAGAUUAGGGUUACCAGCUUUGGUCCACUGCCUUGUAGCAAUUCUUUAAAAAGUGAUCUCUGUCAUGUCCGUGUAUUCAGCUGGCUGUGCUGUGUUCCAGCAUUUGCCAUCCUGGUCCUGUGACAGCAGAAUACGUCUUACUAAUGUCUUUAUCUUUAUAAAGAUGACCAAGAUCGAAUACCUACACCUUAAAACCUACCACAUGGGGUCAGGGAUCAUAACCUACGUUUUGCACAUCUAUGCAUUGUCCUACAAAUACAUGUUUCCUGAUUGGAUUGGUUUUGCAUCCAUUGGGAUACUGACUGUAGCCUAGCUUUUGGUCCAAAAGUAUUUUGAAUUACUCAAACACUAGUCUGGAGGUGGCUCGGGAAUGUAGCCCGCAGACCCUGUGAUGCAGUCGGGCACCGGAACUCCUUGUUGAGUAAUGGUGGCGGCACUUUUCAUUCCCUUAAAAUGGACUCUUCCCCGGUGUGUAGGCGGGGGGCGUGUCCCGGUGUCUGUCAUUUUUCACAGGUCACGUGUUUCUUGAUUCAGUUUAAGUUGGUGAGGGAUGUUGCUUGAUAGGGCUUAUUACUCCAUAUUCUGGAAAUGUAGAAGGUAAAGAGGAGUCCCUAUUCAUUCUUUGAAAUGAAAUGAAUGAAUUAGAUUGUACUUAGUUCCACUUGCUAUUUUAAAUACAUGUUUAAUGACAUUGUAAAAUAAUCCAGUUUUGUGUACCAUAUGUACAUUUGAUUUUUUAAUAGCCUUUCCAAAGAAAUGAGGGCAUGAUUAUUGUACAGUACUGUGACUGAUUUAAUCUGAUGUACAGAACAGAGUGUGUUCUUAAGGAUAAAAAUACUUAUCAGCACUUGUUCUUGUGUUCUGAAUCUUUUAUUUCUGAAACACUCAAACACCUUACAAAGUGCUGAGUCGGGGUAGUGCGCCAACCUGUUUGCUAAAUGAAUAUUUGUUUAAAUCUGUACAGUUUCAAGUGUUUACUUACACAAAAAGUGUACAUACUUUCAAAUAAUUAAUUUAAAAUGCUUUAUAUUAUUUGGCUAGAAAUUGCUGUUUUUAAUAAAUGUGAAUUUUUUUAAAAAAUAAA